AUGGGAGGGAACGAAGGUAUGAAGCGGUUGGAAUAUAUUUCUCUCAUAUCGAAGGUGUGCAACGAGUUAGAACCUAAUUUAGGUUUUGGCUACAAAGUAUUAGCUGAAUUUAUUACUUAUUCGGGUAGAAGUUGCUUAACAGUAGAUGAAUUUGAUAGGAAAUUGAAAGAUAAUGGUGCUGAAAUCCCAGAUUAUUUUGUACGAACAUUGCUUACUAUUAUCCAUGCUAUAUUGCCUCCUCCUAGCACCAAGUCGAAGGAUGGGGAGAUUGAGCUUGAGGCGAAGAAGAGUAAGAGGAGAGAUGGAGAGGAAGAAGAACGGGAUGGGACUAGAACUAAGCCUAGGGCUAGGGAUGCUGGUCAUGAUGAUGGUAGAGCUGAACGUCAUAGGGGUUCACAUAGGCACAGGGACAGAGAUGGAGAUACAUAUGCAAAGGGCAAGAGAGCUGAUGAUUGGAGGAAGUCGACGCAUCCUGUUAUGGAUGAGCCCGAGUUGUAUACAGUAUAUAAGGGGAGGGUGUCAAGGGUGAUGGAUUCUGGUUGUUUUGUUCAGCUGAAUGGCUUUAGAGGGAAAGAAGGUUUGGUUCACGUUUCUCAGCUUGCUAAUACAAGGGUUAGUAACGCCAAAGGUUUAGUAAAGCGGGACCAGGAUGUUUAUGUUAAGGUUAUCUCUAUCAGUGGGCAGAAGCUGAGUUUGUCAAUGAGAGAUGUUGAUCAGAAUACAGGAAAGGAUCUGUUGCCCUUGACGAAAAGCUCAGGUAAUGCUGCAAAUCCUUCAGGCAUGAAUAUUGAGGGCUCUAGGACUAGGAGGAUUGGCCUUUCCGGUAUCAACAUUACUGAGGCGGAGGAGCAUGUUGUUCCGUCUUGUAGACCGCUGAAGAGGAUGAGUUCACCUGAAAGGUGGGAAGCCAAGCAACUUAUUGCCGCAGGUGUUUUGGGGGUGAGGGAACAUAUCAUGUUUGAUGAAGAAGGGGACGAGCUGCUAUAUCAGGAAGAAGGUGCUGAAGAAGAGCUUGAGAUUGAGCUAAACGAAGACGAACCCCCUUUCUUGCAAGGCCAGAGUCGUUACUCAGUGGAUAUGUCCCCUGUUAAUUUUAAAAAUCCUGAAGGAUCCUUGAGUCGUGCUGCUGCCCUACAAUCUGCUUUGAUAAAGGAGAGAAGGGAAGUAAGGGAGCAGCAACAGAGGACGAUGCUUGAUUCCAUCCCAAAGGAUCUCAACAGACCAUGGGAAGACCCGAUGCCAGAGACAGGAGAGAGGCAUCUGGCACAAGAGCUGAGGGGUGUUAGUUUGUCUGCCUACGACAUGCCAGAGUGGAAGAAGGAUGCUUAUGGUAAAGCCUUGACCUUCGGCCAGAGGUCUAAGCUAUCCCUCCAGGAGCAGCGGCAGAGUCUUCCUAUUUACAAAUUGAAGAAAGAACUGAUUCAGGCUGUCCAUGAUAAUCAGGUCCUUGUCGUCAUUGGUGAGACAGGUUCUGGCAAGACAACACAGGUGACACAGUAUCUAGCUGAGGCAGGGUACACAACAAAGGGGAAAAUUGGCUGUACUCAGCCUCGUCGAGUGGCUGCAACGUCAGUGGCUAAGAGAGUUGCUGAGGAGUUUGGUUGUCGAUUAGGCGAAGAGGUCGGUUAUGCUAUUCGGUUUGAAGAUUGUACUGGGCCAGAUACUGUGAUCAAAUAUAUGACUGAUGGCAUGCUUCUGAGGGAGAUUUUGAUUGAUGAAAAUUUGUCCCAGUAUUCAGUCAUAAUGCUUGAUGAAGCACAUGAAAGAACAAUCCACACUGAUGUUCUUUUCGGUUUGCUUAAGCAGCUUGUGAAGAGGAGACCUGACCUUCGUCUAAUUGUCACAUCUGCAACUUUGGAUGCUGAGAAGUUUUCUGGUUAUUUCUUCCACUGCAACAUCUUUACAAUCCCAGGAAGAACUUUCCCAGUAGAGAUACUCUACACAAAGCAGCCAGAAAGUGAUUACCUUGAUGCAGCUUUAAUUACUGUUAUGCAGAUCCACUUGACAGAACCUGAAGGUGAUAUCCUCCUCUUCUUGACUGGUCAAGAGGAGAUUGAUUAUGCUUGCCAGUGCCUUUUCGAGAGGAUGAAAGGACUAGGUAGAAAUGUUCCUGAACUGAUCAUACUACCUGUCUAUAGUGCCUUGCCCAGUGAAGUGCAGUCCAGAAUUUUUGACCCUGCCCCUCCUGGGAAGAGAGAAGUUGUUGAUGCUACUAAUAUUGCUGAAGCUUCUUUGACAAUUGAUGGUAUAUAUUAUGUUAUUGAUCCUGGAUUUGCAAAGCAAAAUGUCUACAAUCCAAAACAGGGACUUGAUUCACUGGUUAUUACCCCAAUUUCACAAGCAUCAGCAAAGCAACGAGCAGGGCGUGCUGGACGAACCGGACCUGGGAAGUGUUACCGCCUGUUUACUGAGAGUGCAUUCCACAGUGAAAUGUCCCCUACUGCCAUUCCCGAAAUCCAAAGGAUAAAUCUUGGGAACACGGUUCUUAUGAUGAAAGCAAUGGGUAUUAAUGAUCUUCUGUCGUUUGAUUUCAUGGACCCACCUUCCCCCCAGGCUCUCGUAUCUGCCAUGGAGCAACUUUACACUCUUGGAGCACUCGAUGAGGAGGGGCUCCUGACGAAGCUGGGAAGAAAAAUGGCGGAAUUUCCAUUAGAUCCUCCUUUGUCCAAGAUGCUUCUUGCUAGUGUGGACCUUGGCUGUAGUGAUGAGAUCUUGACCAUAAUUGCUAUGAUUCAAACAGGAAACAUCUUUUACCGACCAAGGGAAAAACAAGCACAGGCCGAUCAGAAAAAGGCCAAAUUUUUUCAGCCUGAGGGUGAUCAUCUUACCUUGCUUGCUGUUUAUGAGGCUUGGAAAGCCAAAAACUUUUCAGGUCCAUGGUGUUUUGAAAAUUUUGUCCAGUCUCGAUCUCUCAGGAGGGCGCAGGAUGUUAGAAAACAGCUGCUCUCCAUCAUGGACAGGUAUCAAUUGGAUGUUGUGAGUGCUAGAAAGAAUUUCACGAAGAUCCGGAAGGCUAUUGCUGCAGGUUUCUUUUUUCAUGCUGCUAGAAAGGAUCCUCAAGAGGGUUACAGAACUCUUGUUGAGAACCAGCCAGUUUACAUUCAUCCUAGCAGUGCUCUUUUCCAGAGACAGCCAGACUGGGUUAUUUAUCAUGAGCUUGUUAUGACAACAAAGGAGUACAUGCGCGAAGUGACCGUGGUAGAUCCUAAAUGGCUUGUCGAGUUGGCACCAAGUUUUUUUGAAGUGGCUGAUUCAACGAAAUUAAGCAAGCGCAAGAGACAGGAACGUAUUGAGCCUCUUUACGAUAGAUAUCAUGAGCCAAACUCUUGGCGAUUGAGUAAGAGGAGAGCGUGA